CGGGAACCCGGUGCCGUCUCAACCGCAGCUCUCUGCAAUGACCUUUGACGCGGAUGUGUCUCUGCGGCUUACACGUGGUGGCUACGUCGACGGCCUUCUACGUUGAGGGGCGAGCUUCGCUGGACACGACCGGCAACGUCCCAUGGGGAUUUCAUGUGGUUCGAACCCGUUUCGGGAUCCAAGAUUUGGGAUGACAUGGCUACACGACCUCGUGCGGACAUUCGACGCUGGCCUCAACGCAGUCCGACAACUCACGACCCGGCACCAGUUUCUGCCUCGCGCCAAAAGGGACUUUCUUCCCACCGCCGCCGCAAAGCACCCAAGCAAGAUCUGAAACAUUCCUCUUCGACCGGACCGGUUGGUCGGACGCUCACACGAACACCCCCUUCCGUCCGGCUUUCGCUCGUUACACGCCAAAAAUGCGCCGCAUCCGGAACCCACGGAUCGGACGUCCGAGAAUACCUCCCACGCCAUGCCACAAUCACCAGGAAACCCGUCGUUCCCCUACGAAGAACCGGAUCUGCGCCUCGCGCGCCGAUUGAGGCUCGAUGAGAGGCUCGAUGGGAGGAAAGGAGGAGGUCACGGACGAACGACCAACAAUCCAUGAUCGAAGUCAGUCAUCUCAGCCCACACGCCGGAAAU